AUGCAACUCGCUCUGGAGCGACAAAUUGAGGAGAAGAGACAGCAGAAGCUGGAGGCUAAGCGACGACAGGAAGAAGAAGAUCGACGAGAACUUGAACGCUUCGAGGAGGAGCAACGUCGGCAACGAGCGGAGCAGGAGCGACUUCAGGAGGAGAAACGUCGGAAGGCGGCACUGGAACAGCAGAAGGCGGACCAGGCUGCAGCAGCGGUGGCGGCGGCCAACGCGCAAGCCAAACGCCAGCAGCAACAGAAACUGCACGCUCAGCUGAAUCAACCUCAACAAGUCCAGCCAUUGCAACAGCAGAACCUGCACCCUCAACAUCCUGAGCUCUUCCCGAACGCCUCUCCGCUCAAGAACCCGCUCACCAACUCCCGUGCUCACUUGUUCGAAGACCCCCCAGAGCCUCCACAAUCCCCAGUGGCUCCAAACUAUAGCUACGGAUACUCCCACCAGAACGCGUCUCCAAUCCGAGGACACCCAGGCCAACCCUUUGCGCAAGACAAUAAUGCUGGCCAUGUUCUUGACCCCAAGGAGCUACGUCGUCAGUACGACGAUAUGCGCGACGAGUUGAGCAGACAGAGACACCUCGUCGACCAGCUCCGCCAAGCUCAAGCUCAGAUCCAGCAACAGCGUUCGCCUGUGCGAGUGGUGAGCGACAAUGUCCCCACGCUGAUGGAUCUCGAGCAACUCCGCAACGAACUACGUGGCGAACUUGCGUAUCGCGAACAGCUGCACCGACAGGAACUAGAGUCGCUGAAACGAGAGCAGCAACAAGGAGACAGAUUGCCUGAGCGCCCACCUCAGCGCUACCCACGACAAGUUUGUGUAUUUUGA